AGUGAAAGUGUUCUCCUUUAUCACAAACAAUAAGUGAAUCACCGAUCUUGUGGAUUCACGGAAGCCGGCGAGUCAUGGCGACGGGCAACGGUGCAAAGGGUCCGUCGAGGAUGGGCCCUAAGGUCUUGUUUUAUUCAAUAUUGCUUACGCUUCAGUACGGAGCUCAGCCUCUCAUCUCCAAACGCUGCAUCGGGAAGGAGGUUAUUGUAACUUCAUCUGUCUUGACGUGCGAGAUUGUUAAGGUCAUAUGUGCUCUGAUCCUCAUGGCAAGAGAUGGUAGCUUGAAAGGGUUAGCAAAAGAGUGGACCUUGAUGGGAUCCUUGACUGCUUCUGGCCUCCCUGCAGCCAUAUACGCACUCCAGAACAGCUUGCUGCAGAUCUCUUACAGGAGCCUCGAUUCCUUGACUUUUUCGAUUCUGAAUCAGACCAAAAUCUUCUUCACAGCCUUCUUCACGUUCAUCAUACUAAGGCAGAAGCAAUCGGUUCAGCAAAUAGGAGCUUUGUGUUUACUGAUCAUGGCAGCGGUUCUUCUAAGCGUCGGUGAAGGCUCUAGCAAGAGUUCGAGCGGCGUUAACCCGGAGCAAGUGCUGUUCUAUGGGAUCAUACCGGUCUUGGUAGCCUCUGUGCUCUCCGGUUUAGCUUCUUCUCUGUGUCAGUGGGCUUCUCAGGUGAAGAAGCAUUCGUCGUACUUGAUGACGGUGGAAAUGUCUAUUGUUGGGAGCCUCUGCUUGUUGGUGAGUACACUUAAGUCUCCUGAUGGUGAAGCGAUUAAAAGACAUGGUUUCUUUCAUGGUUGGACUGCUUUAACCAUGGUUCCAGUUGUAAGCAAUGCUCUUGGUGGGAUUCUCGUUGGCCUAGUUACAUCACAUGCCGGUGGUGUAAGAAAGGGAUUUGUGAUUGUGUCGGCGUUACUUGUGACGGCUCUGCUACAGUUUGCGUUUGAAGGAAAACCGCCUUCAUCCUAUUGUCUUGUGGCUCUUCCUCUUGUGAUCAGUAGUAUCUCGUUGUACCAGAAGUAUCCAUACUUGGACAAGAAGAAGAAGGUCUAAGAAACCUCUUAGCAUCUUCUCAGAUUCUGCUAAAUAUCUAGAUGAUAUGAUUCUUGGACCAUUCAAAUGAAAAUUUGUAAUAUUACAGUGAUAGUUGAUACAUUGAAUGAGUCCUGUAAUGAUCUGAAUCCAAGCUGAGUUUAAUUACCAAAACCUUCAUAUAAUAUUAUAUUAUAAAGAAAAAUUAUGAUUCA